AUGGAACUAAUCAAUGCAUACGAUUUAUACAAACUUGAACAAACGGAUGAAUUGCUUGAAACUGGUUUGCAAUCUUUAGAUGCGUUACUCGAUGGCGGCAUAUCACCGGGUACCUUUCUAGAAAUUGUUGGUCUAUCAGCUAGUGGGAAGUCACAACUCUGCAUGCAGUUAGCAGUUAAUCUGCAGAAAAAUAAGACAAAAAAGGAUAGCGUAUAUGUCGAUACAGAAGGUGGAUUCCACACGGAACGUAUUUGUGAUAUUGCAGCUAAAGUAUUCAGAGCAGUCAAGCCGUUGGAAUCGUUAAAACGUAUACGAGUUAGCCGCUGUCGUGAUUUAGUUGAAUUAACAAGUACUAUUCAUCGAUUAGAAUUGUUGGUACAACAAAAUUUAGAUAUUGGUCUUAUAAUUGUAGACAGUGUUGCAAUGCCGCUGCGUGGUGAAAGUGACUAUGCGUUACGAUCGAGAUUAGAAAUUUCACGAAUUUUAUCAAAAUUGGCUGCUUCUUAUAGAUUGAUCCUUCUCAGCCGCUGUAAUUUAGGACAAUUUUUAUUUCCGGUUGUUGCGGUAAAUCAUGUUACAUAUCGUUUCGAAAAUGAGAAAGAUGGUGAAGCUCAUCUUGCGUCUGCAUUGGGAACGUCUCACCGUCCAAGUACACGUUUGUGGUUAUGCCCACCUGAUGCUAAUUCCCAGAAUAGUUCGAUUUUCUUGACAAAAUCACCAUCUGUUCCGGAUGGUUCAGUACCAUUCAGAAUAACGGAAGGUGGUUUGGUGGAAGUUGAAGUUGAUAUUGUAAUAUAA